CAAGACAAUGGAAUGUGGUCUUAUAAACAACCACGAUCUGUACUCGACAUGUCAUGUUUGUCUAAAAUAAUGGUUGACAGCUUGUUUUUACAAGUUAUGUUAUUGUAUACAACAAAGAUCAGAGUAGAGCUCUAGCUGUCUAUAAUUAGACUUGUUCGACACCUAGUUGCAAGAUAUUUAUCACCUAGCUGGCGUGACAAUAAUGACAACUGAACUGACUGAAAAAGUGAUUGUCACUGACAAAGAAGAUAUGACUUCAAUGGAGCAGCUCAACGGCCAUGAGAGUAGACCGCAGUCCAUGGCUAGCAAUGCAGUGUACAAGUCAAGAAGAGAGAUAGACAAGAAACAGAAGCAACUAGCUGACUACACGGCCUGGGUCAACAACUACCUCAAGAGGAAACCCGGUGUACCUCUCAUCAACGACAUACGUAUAGGUCUUCAAGAUGGCAUUUCUUUCGUCAACCUAGUGGAAAUUGUCUCCCGUGCUGAAGUGGAAGGGGUGGUUAGAUACCCUACAAGUGCAGAUGCUCGUUCCCGAAACCUUGAACUGGCUGUGCAGCUGCUGAAACAAGAUGGCGUCAAUAUCCAACCAGCCGAAGCUGUACGGGACAUUUUGGAAGGCAACUCUAAGGGCAUUAUGCGGGUGGUAUUGGGGUUAGCGGAGCGUUAUCAACCACGAUCAGUCAAACCACGAAACACCAGCGAACCAAAGCCACAACCGUUGCCUAGGGAACAUGGAGCGUCCAAUAGACACGCCUUCAGUAGUCACAUGACUGCUGAACAUGCGACUGUACCGAGAGUGCGUUCUCCAGACGUGAAAAAAUCGAAUUUGGCAACAAACAGUUUCAGUGUCCCGAAUAUCAACAGCAUUGGACCACACGUACAUGCUAAUGUCGGCCAGUCACUCUCGCAAACCAUCUCACACCCUCUAGGUGUCACUCAUCCUCUGGAGUUGGCCAAUCUCUCUCAGCCCACCUCCUAUGAGAUAGCGGCCGAGGAGAAAGACAUGUACAGUAUGCCCAUAGACCACCUCCCCCCCUCCGCCACCACCAGGCUUAUCGCUCCCAUCAGGAAGAAAGGAGUUCAGCUGAAGAUUAGACCGGCAUCCAACAGUAUUCACAGCAUACCUGAGAACAGAGAGCUUCUUGAGGGUAGACGAGUCUCUUUAGGGGGUGUGGCCACCAACAGUUGGAACUUUGACCUCGGCAUGGCCACGGAGAUUCAUGAUGUAUUGAGUGGACUGAAUGCUUUUAAGACGGAGCUAUUGCAACUACACGCAGUGCUACUUAAGAACACGGACGGUACGGAUAUCAAUCUCUUACUUCGAGCAUUGAAGAACGAGAACUCAUCAAAAGAGGGCGUGGUCUCACAUGACACACCACUGGAGAUUAAUAGCACUGCCAUGCUGGUUGAGAAACAACACUUACUCGUGGAGAAGGAAGAACAGAUGUCAGUGAUGCGUGAUCAGUUCUCCCAGCAACAAGAUGAGCUGACUCAGCUUAGUGCCGAAUGCUCCGCACUGAGAGCCAUGGUCGAGGAAAGAGACACUUUUAUUAAGACCAUGAAAACUGAGAUUUAUCGGAAAGAGUAUAAGAAUGAUUCUGCCAAAGUUGACCUUCACCAUCAGCUGCUGCAGAAAGACGCUCUCGUUAGAAAGUUGGAGGGUGAAGUGCAGCGAUGUCAGCAGUCACUCGAGGCCCAGCAGAGUGGCCUAGAGGAGGUGAAUCAACAACUGGAGGAGCACAAGUCAGCCGAGAUUGAGUAUAAGGUUGAGUUGGACUCCCUGAAGAUGCAGCUAGCCAAGGUGAGCACGACUGAGGAGUCCUUACUCUCCAAGGUGGCCAAUAGAGACAGGAAGAUAGGCCAUCUUGAAGAGAAACUGGCAGAGCUCGCGGAUGGCAGGGGUCGACGAAGCGAGACCAUAUCCGAUGAGACUGAGAGUAUACGCCAGUCCAUAGUAUCGCUGCGACGAACCCUGACCCCACAAGACCCGCAGCAGCAGGUGUUAGAUAACCUGGAGCAAUUCAUAUCAGAUCUGGUGUGUAAAAUGAUGGAACGAGCUUGCUCCUCCCCCACUGGCAAGAUGGCGGGGGGUUCCCCCACUGGGAAACGAUCAAAGAGACAUGCUCAUCGUGGCGAGAAUGACGACCAUCAUCGAGACAAAGAUCGUGAUAGAGAGAGAAGGCGACGUCACAAGGACAGACACGCCCCCCACCCGGACAAACAAGACGUAGCCACACCCCCUUCUAGCGGGCCCAAUACCAAAGUGAUAUAUUACAUUCUCAACGAUCGUAAGGAGACGCCCUACGCAACUGUAGUACCAAAGAAAUCGGGCGAUAUCACACUGAGAGAUUUUAAAGCAGCUUUCGAUCGACCUGGCUCAUUUCGAUUUUUCGUGAAAACCGAGGACCCGGACUGCGGUGUUGUUAAAGAGGAGAUAAAACAUGACGAUACGAUACUGCCUAUUUGGAAAGGACAUAUUGAAGUGUGGAUCAGCGAGAAAUCUCAGCAUAGAUAGUAGCCUAGAAACGGACUUGUUCGUGUGACUGAACACUUAUAAUUUUAGCCGACACAAAUUUUGGCUAGCUAGCUGAUGUGGCGGUUUUUGUACAAAUCGUUAGUUAAUAGCCAUUAUUCAUUAUUAAAUCAUUAAUUUUUCGUCAUCAAAA